AUGCCACAACUAGACACAUCCACAUGACUAAUUACUAUUCUAUCAAUAAUUAUCACAUUAUUUGUUAUAUUCCAAACUAAAACCUCAAUACACUCAUUCUUUACUAACCCCCAACAAUCCCACUUAAAAAUAAUAAAACAAAAAACACCUUGAGAAAAAAAAUGAACGAAAAUCUAUUCUCCUCUUUUAUCACACCAACAAUACUAG